AUGUCUGAGAGAUCUGAAAAGUUCGUGCAGCCAACCAUCUCAAAAUUUGAUGGCCAUUACGAUUUCUGGUCCAUGACGAUGGAGAAUUUUCUGAGAAGCAGAGAAUUGUGGAGCCUGGUGGAAGAUGGGAUUCCGGCGAUCAGAACAACACAGGCGAGUGAGGUGCAAAACAAAUCUGUAGAAGAGGCGAAGUUGAAGGAUUUGAAGGUCAAGAAUUUCUUGUUCCAGUCCAUUGACAGAGAGAUUCUGGAAACUAUUCUUGACAAAGAUACCUCUAAGACGAUCUGGGAAUCCAUGAGAAAGAAGUAUCAAGGCUCUACAAAGGUGAAAAGGGCGCAAUUGCAAGCUUUGAGAAGGGAGUUCGAAUUGCUGACCAUGAAAGAAGGAGAAAAGAUCGACAUUUUCCUAGGAAGAACCUUGACGGUGGUGAACAAGAUGAAGGUGAAUGGUGAAUCAAUGGAGCAGAGCACGAUCGUGAGCAAAAUUCUCAGAUCGCUAACCUCGAGAUUCAACUAUGUGGUGUGUUCGAUUGAGGAAUUGAAUGAUCUGAGCACGAUGAGUAUCGAUGAAUUACAUGGCAGCCUACUUGUCCAUGAGCAGCGAUUGAAUGGAUAUGUGCAAGAAGAGUUGGCAUUAAAAGUGUUUCAAGAUGAAAGACCUGGUAGAGGAAGAGGUCUCGGAAGUUCCGAGAAGGAUGCGAUAGAGGAAGAGGAAGAGGAAGAAAUGUUGUCGAUCGUACUAUUAUCGAGUGCUACAAAUGUCACCAGUUAG